GCCACCUCAAGCCACACAGUAGUGUGCAACACCCAUAAGUCGGUAAGUCUCUGGUCCUAUCCUGCUGGUGCCAGCAGGUCACUGCAGUGGUACUACAGGUCAGUUUAAUCGCAUUUCACUGGUACACAUGGGAACUGGUUACAGUUACAAUGUAGUAAAUAAAUUAAAGAUGUCCCCGAAAAAGAAAAACACAACGCCAAGGGCAGCAGUGGAAACCGAAGACGAGGAUGACGAGAGCUUAGAGGAUGAGGAGCCAAAGCCCAAGACGAAUUGUAAGAGGGUCGAUGACACAGAGGAUGCUGGAGCGGGCAGGGGAAAGAAGAAGAAAUCAAAAGCUCCAGAAGAAGAGCGCCACUCAGGCAACGCUGAUCCUCAUGUAAGGAGCAGUAAGGACAAGGGGGAGAACAAAAGUACAUUAAAGAAAACUAGGAGGAAAGCUAAAAAGGCCAAUGAGGAGGAGGUGAGUACAGAUGAAGAAGAUCACAGUAAUGACUCCAACCAGAAGAAGAGAGAAGAGAGGCUCCCUGAUGUGAUUGAGACCACGAGAAAGGGAACCAAGAAUAAGAAAGACCAGCUGGAGAUCAACAUGGGGUCAAAGGACAAAAAAUCAAAAGACAGUGACAACAAAUCCAAAAAGAACAAGAAAGAGGUUGAACAACCUCCCGGACAGGGGGAUGAAGAAGGGGAUAGCAAAAAGAAGAAGAAAAAGGCCAAGAAAGUCUCACUGGGGGACAGUGAAGAAGACACCAAAAAGGGGAAAGGCAAAAAGAAGAAAGUGGUUGAGAACUAUGUGGAGAUCUAUGAGAAUGAGUUGCGGAACUAUAAGCCAGAGACGACAGAGAACUUUGAGGAUGAGUACCACAAGAAGAAAGUGUAUGAGGUGGUGACCAUCACUGGAGAUGAGAGAGGGGCGGGCACAGACGCCAACGUGUUUAUCACUCUUUUUGGAGAAUAUGGCAUCACUCCCAAGCUGCAUCUGACUAGCAAGAGCAGAACAGCUUUUGAAAAGAACAAAACAGAUGUCUUUAGGAUCAAAACUCAUAGCGUUGGGCUACUGAAGAAGAUACGGAUAGAGCAUGACAACACGGGUAUGAACGCCAGCUGGUUUCUGGACAGAGUGGUGGUGACUGACAUUACCAGACCUCACAUGAGGUUCUAUUUUCCCUGUAACAACUGGCUCAGUAAAGUGGAGGGGGACAAUCUGUUUAUCAGGGACCUGCUGGGCAGUCUGGACCCACUGGACAUUCCCAAAUAUAACAAGUAUGUGGUGAGCGUGUUCACAGCAGAUGUAAAAGGUAGUGGGACAGAUGCUGAUGUCUUCAUCAACAUCUUUGGAGAGUUUGGUGACACAGGUGAGAGGCGACUGGACAAUAACAAGGAUAACUUUGAGAAAGGCACGGAGGACAAGUUCACUUUAGAAGCUCCCAACCUAGGCAAAAUAAGGAAGAUUACCAUGGGUCACAACAACAAAGGCUCUUCUGCAGGAUGGUUUGUGGACAAGGUACUCUUGGAUGACAUGGGAAAUAAGUGUUUGUAUGAAUUCCCUGUCAAUCGCUGGUUCGCCAUCGACGAGGACGAUGGGAAGAUUCAGAGGGACAUCCUGGUUGGAGGCAGUGAGCCCACAGGUAUUAUGUACAACAUCCAGGUGGUUACAGGGAAUGUCAGAGGCGCUGGCACCAACUCCAAGAUCCACAUCCUGAUGCACGGCUCCAAGGGCCUGAAGAACAGUGGCAAGAUUUUCCUGGAAGGGGGUAGAUUUGAACGUGGCCUGACGGAUAUCUUUAUAGUGGAGAUAGCUGCUCUCCUCAGCCCCCUCAGUCGAGUCACCAUUGGACAUGACAAUGAAGGGGUCAGCGCAGGAUGGUACUGCGAGAAGGUAGUGGUGUUCUGUCCAUUCACAGGGUUCGAGCAGACCUUCCCUUGCAGCAAAUGGCUGGAUGAGGAUGAAGGAGAUGGCCUGAUAGAAAGAGAGCUCUACGAGAUGGUGUCACUGAGACAGAAGAGACAGAAGAAGCACCCCUGGUCUUUGUGGAUCUGGACAUCUGACCUUCCUGGCGCAGGAACAGACGCAGCGGUUUACUUCCAGGUCUAUGGGGAGAAGGGCAAGUCAGAUGAGAUGAGACUGGACAACAAAACAGACAAUUUUGAACAGGGUCAGGUGGAUAAGUUCAUUGUUGAGCUACCUGACUUGGGGAAGCUAACCAAAUUUCGCAUUUGGCAUGAAAAGAGAAGCCCUUUUGCAGGGUGGCAUUUGAGCAAGGUAUCUCUGAUGAAGACGCUGACAAAAGAGAAGUUUACAUUUCCCUGUGAGCGCUGGCUGGACUCUAACGAGGAUGAUAACGAGCUGGUGAGAGAGCUGCCUUCCACUGGAGAGCUGAUUGCUGAGCCCCUACCUGUGGUCAAGUAUCGCGUGACCGUGUGCACUGGGAACGUUAGCGGUAGCGGGACAGACGCCACCGUCUUCCUCAACCUCAUUGGUGACCUUGGGGACACAGGGGAACGCACGCUGAUCAACUGCAAAAACAACGUCAACAAGUUUGAAAAGGGCAGCAUGGAUGAGUUCAUCAUUGAAGCGGUGUCGAUUGGGAUCUUGCAGCGUGUGCGAAUCGGACACAAUGGGCGGGGCGGAGGUUGUGGCUGGUACUUAGACAAAGUGUUGGUCAGGGACGAGGGACAGGCUGAGUCUCAAGCUGUAGAUUUCCCAUGCCGCAGAUGGCUAGAUCGGAAUGAGGAUGACGGACAGAUUGUUCGGGAGUUAGUUCCUUUUUCAGAUGGACAGCGUCUUUACAACGUGAGCUACCACAUCUCAGUGAAGACCGGCAACAUCAGUGGGGCCAGCUCCAACUCCAGGGUGUUUGUGAAGCUGUACGGGGAGAAGGCGGACACCGGUAAGAUGAUGCUGGUGGUCUCCGACAACAACCUGAGCAACUACUUUGAGGUGGGCCGGGUAGAUGUGUUCACUGUGGAGACUCUUGACAUCGGACAGAUCAACCGUAUGUUGAUUGGUCACACCAACGAGGGAAUGAAUGCUGGUUGGUUCCUGGACAGUGUCCAGAUCAUGGUGCCAGUCCAUGGGUACCAGUACAUGUUCCCAAGCCACCGCUGGCUCAGUAAAGACGAGGCAGACGGCAAGACGGAGGUGGAGAUCUACCCCAGCGAGAUUCUGGACAUUGAACAAUUGAUCAACUAUGAGAUAACAGUUGUGACGGGUGAUGUGAGUUUUGCUGGGACCAACGCCAAUGUUUUCAUCCAGAUCUACGGUGAAAAGGGCAAGACAGAUGUCAUCACUCUGGCCAGCAGGUCCAACAACUUUGAGAGAGGAUCUACUGAAAUAUUCAAGAUAGAAAGCCGAGACGUAGGAAAGAUCUUCAAGGUGCGUAUCGGUCAUGACGGUGCUGGGAUGGGCUCCGGCUGGUUCCUAGAGAAGGUAGAUGUCAAACACCUGAUCAUGGGCAUGGUGACCAAGGUCAAGAAAAAGGAAGAGAAGAAAAAGAAGAAGAAAAAGAAGAAGGAUGAGAAGGAAAGUCAUUCUAAUAUAUUUUCCCCCAGGUUUCUUGAAAUUGAGGAGGAGGAAGAGACUGAGGAGGUGAUGCAGGAGAUAGUAUUGACGUAUUCCUUCCCCUGCUCCCGCUGGCUGGCCAGGGGGGAAGAGGACAGGGAGCUGGUGGUAGAGCUGCUGCCUGAGGAUGCAGAGGACUUGGAAGAAAACGUCUAUGAAGUGUGCGUCUUCACCGGGAAUAUGCAAGGGUCCGGGACUGAUGCCAACGUCUACAUCAAUAUUUAUGGGGAGAACGGGGACACUGGGGAGCGGUACCUCCAGACGUCCGGCAACCUUAACAAAUUUGAGGCAGGGCAGGAGGAUGUCUUCAACAUAACAGCCAUCGAGCUGGGUCUUCUGAGGAAGUUACGCAUUCGCCAUGACAACACCUCGUCUUAUCCAUCCUGGUACCUGGACCGCGUGGAGAUAGUAGACACCAAGGACGACACCACGUACUACUUCCCAUGUAACCGCUGGCUGGCAGUGGAUGAGGAUGAUGGACAAAUCGCCAGGGAGCUUGUGCCUGUGGACGAAGCCUUCAUGAAGAGGGAAGAGGAUGAGGAGGGGACAGGGGCAGCCACGCUGGGACUGGAGCAAAAAGCCAUGUCCACAACUUUUACCCUAAAAAUAAAGACAGGAGAGAAGAAACAUGCUGGGACCGAUGCCAAUGUUUUUGCUAUCCUGUAUGGUGCAAAAGAUGAUACAGGGAUAAUCAACCUGAAGGCUUGUAAGAACCACAGGAACAAGUUUGAGAAGGGCAUGGUGGAGGAGUUCACCGUGGAAGCUGUGGACCUGGGCGACCUGGAGAGGCUACGCAUCGGACAUGACAACUCAGGCGGCUCUCCCGGCUGGUUUUUGGACUGGGUGGAGGUGGACGCUCCGUCUCUGGGCCAGCGACUCUGUUUCCCGUGUGGCCGUUGGCUGGAUAAAGGCGAGGACGACGGAGCCAUUGUGAGAGACCUGUACCCCAAUGAGCUACAGACCGAACUCUAUGUGCCAUUUGUUCCUUACGAGAUCAAGACAUACACCAGCGAUGUGUUUGGCGCCGGGACGGAUGCAGACGUUUUCCUAGUUCUGUAUGGUCAGAAGGCCCUUUGCACACAACAGAAAUCCCUGUGUGUCAACAAGAGAGAGAGAAGGAUGUUCUUCGAGAGAGGAGCUGAGGAUAUGUUUAUAGUCGAGUUGGAGGAUGUUGGGGAUGUCAUAGAGAAGAUCCGUAUUGGCCACGACAAUAGCGGCACCAACCCAGGCUGGCAUCUGGACAGAGUAGAGAUCCGACGCCUGCUCCGAAAGGGAAAGGGUUCGGAGACCACCAUCUUCCCAUGUGAGCGCUGGUUAGCCAAGUCAGAGGACGACGGGGAGACGGUGAGAGAGCUGGUCCCAUCUGACAUCAUCACAGAGAAACUGCUGAAGGAAGGAAAACUGAAACGAACAGAGGUAGAGGUGGAGGACGCUCUUGAAACUCACACCUAUGUGGUGUCUGUGAGAACGGGGGACAUGUACGGAGGAGGGACGGAUGCCAACGUGUUUCUCACUAUCUACGGUGACCUGGGAGACACAGGGGAACGCAAACUCAGCAAGUCCGAGAGCACUCGCAACAAGUUUGAAAGAGGAGCGGUAGAUAAAUUCUCCAUUGAGGCGGUGGAUCUUGGCCAGGUGUUUAAGAUCCGUAUCCGCCACGACAAUUCAGACUUUCUGGGGCCAGACUGGUACCUUGACCAGGUGGAGGUGGUAGACCUGGAAACAGAGGAGGUGUACAUGUUCUUGUGUGAGCGGUGGCUCUCCAAGAAGAAGGAGGACAAACGCAUUGACAGAACAUUCUACGUGAAGGAUUAUGAGGGUGAGAGGAACAGCAACAUAAACACAAAGAGCACGAUGGCCAGGAUAGGGCUGGACAAGAACGCAAACAAGAAGAAGAAGAAGAAAAAGGCAGUCGUAGAGGAGGGUCCAGUGAUUCCCUACCACUUCACCGUGUCCACUGGGAUGGACCGUGAUGCCAGCACCACCUCCAGGGUCUAUGUCAUUGUCUUGGGACCAAAUGACAUUGAGACGGAACGGCUGUGGCUGGAUCUGCCUGAGGGGAAGAAGAGUUUUGCCGCAGGGAGCAUGGAACACUUCCAUUGCUAUGGAACAGACGUGGGAGAGAUCAAGAGGGUGGAGCUGGGGCAUAAUGGGGCCUCCCCAGAGAGCUGCUGGUUGGUGGAUGAGCUGUCGGUCGCCGUUCCAACCAAAGGCAUCCAAUACAUCUUCCCUUGCAAGUGCUGGUUGGCCAAAGACAGAGGAGACGGUCUCACCAGCAGACUAUUCAACGUACUAGAUGCCAACAGCAUCAACAUCGUCCGGAAGAUCGUCUAUCUGGCCACGGUCAUCACAGGCGACACCCUGGAAGCAGGGACUGACACCAACAUAUUCCUGACUGUGUUUGGUGCCAACGGGAGCACAGAGGAGAUGCUGCUGCCCAAGAAUGAGGACAGGUUUGAAAGAGGCCAAGAGGACACGUUUAACCUGGAGAUCGAUGACAUUGCUCCUCUGAAAAAGAUCCGUGUUCGCAUUGACGGCUCUGGGAGUCGCCCAGACUGGUUCCUGGACAAGAUCCUGAUGCACAAACCGACUACGGAGGAGGUGUCGGUGUUUACAUAUGAGAACUGGCUGUCGAAGACCAAAGGGCCCAAAAGAACUAAGAUCUGUGAGCUUGCAGCGGUGAUAGAUGAUGAAGAGAUGGUGGAGAGGACCACCUACAUCAUCCAGGUUCAGACCAGCGAUGUUGGAGGCGCGGGUACUGAUGCCAAUGUCUUCCUGAUAUUGUUUGGGGAGAACGGGGACACUGGCACACUGGCAUUGAAGGAAAGCGGUAACAGAAACAAGUUUGAGCGGAAGUUAAAGGACAUUUUUCGCUUUCAAGACAUCCUCAGCCUGGGAGAGCUGUCCAAGGUCAGAGUGUGGCAUGACAACAAAGGUCCUGCACCAGGUUGGCAUUUAGAGUACAUCGAUGUAAAGGAUGAGACCAUGGACCAAAAUUUCCGUUUCCCAUGUAAUCGCUGGCUGGCCAAGAACGCAGAUGACGGGCAGAUCAUGAGAGAGCUGGCCUGUGCCAACAAUGACAUCCUUGACUUUAGUGAGAAGACAAAAUAUGAAAUUGCCAUAACAACAGCUGACACAGAUGACGCGGACACCAAGGAGAACGCGUGGAUCAUACUGGAAGGAAGGAAGGGACGUUCAAAGGAGUUUUUGCUGGAGAAUACUUCAAAGAAAAAGAGAUUCCUUUGUGGAGCCACAGACACAUUUGAGUUUUCCUCCAAGCAUGUGGGUGACAUAGCUGGAAUCUGCGUGGGGCACAUAACUAAAGACAACAAGAAGGUGAAGGCUGAAGCUUUCUGGCACCUGCUGGAGGUAGUGGUGACAGAAAAGGAACUGGGUAACAAAUACUUCUUCCACUGUGAUGCCCGGAUUCCUUUAGCAGCCAAACGGGAUAAGUUCCUAACAUUUGAAUGCUUUAAAACCAUUGAGAGCUUUGCCAGCAAGGUCCGCAACCUUGUACCCGUUAAAUAUGAGGUAAUUGUCAUCACCGGUGACAUGAAAGGGGCCGGGACUGACUCUAAUGUUUACAUCACUAUAUAUGGCACCAAUGGGGAUUCUGGAAAACGCCCAUUAAAGCAGAAGUUCCGAAACCUUUUUGAGCAGGGACACACCGAUCGUUUUGUUCUGGAAAUGUUAGAUUUAGGGGAGCUGCUGAGGGUAAAAGUGGAGCAUGACAGAUCAAGCCUUAACUCAGGUUGGUACCUGGAGUGUGUAGAGGUAACCAACACAGCCAACUCGGUGACCACCAUCUUCCAGUGUGGGAAGUGGUUGGACCCUCAGAAGGCAGAUGGGGAGACACAAAGAGUGAUAUACCCCAAAUACUAGCACCCUUUGUUGAUGUCUUGGAGUUUUGAAGAUCGUUUUUUCACGAAGACUUAUUAAUUUAAUUCGAAACCAUUUUCUAUGUUUGACUAUUUCAUUUUGUUAAACACAAUAUACAGCUCCA